AUGUGGAAGCUUCUUUUCCUUGCCUCCCUCGGCCUCGUGGCCGCCGAGGACGGUCUCGACGGUUGGUUGCGUUACGCCAGACUACCAGACUGCAAGUCCGCCGGCGCCACCGAUUCCCUGCCCUCCGUCGUCGUCGGUCUCAAUGCCACGAAGAACGGCCCAAUCUCCUCUGCCCUGUCCGAGUUGACAAAGGGCUACGAGGGCAUUUUCGGCAAGGAGCUCUCUGUCGGCGAGGACGCCUGCACUGGCUCUUCUGUCGUCGUUGCUACUGUGGGAGACUACAUAGCAGCCUGUGGAGGCGACGAUGUCGUGACCGACCUCGUUGAGGAUGGUUUCUGGUUGAGUGUCAAAGGUGACGGUGUCAGGAUUCUGGGCCAGAAUGAGAGGGGUGCUCUCUACGGUGCCUUCGAGUAUCUGAGCUUGUUGGCGCAGGGCAACUUUACCGAGACUACCUACGCAACCAACCCUUCUGCCCCCAUUCGAUGGGCAAACCAAUGGGAUAACAUGGACGGCACAGGUACUCACGGAAGCAUUGAGCGCGGUUACGGAGGUGUCUCCAUCUUCUUCGAGAACCUCAAAGUCGUCACCGACAUGACCCGCGUCUCCCAGUACGGCCGUCUGCUGGCCUCAGCCCGCCUCAACGGAAUCAUUGUCAACAAUGUCAACGCCAACCCCAUCCUUCUCUCACCGGAGAACAUGGACGGGCUGAAGAGAAUCGCCGACGCCUUCCGGCCCUGGGGUGUUCAGGUCGGCAUCUCCCUCAACUUCGCCUCGCCCCAGACCUACGGCAAGCUGCCCACGUUCGACCCCCUCGACGACACCGUCAUUGCCUGGUGGGGCAACAUCACGGAUGAGCUCUACGCUCGUAUCCCCGACAUGGCGGGAUACCUCGUCAAGGCCAAUUCCGAAGGCCAACCGGGGCCCCUGACAUACAACCGUACUCUUGCCGACGGCGCCAACCUCUUUGCCAGAGAAUUGAAGAACCAUGGCUCCAAGAAGGGCAUCGUCAUGUUCAGGGCUUUUGUCUAUGACCACCUCACUCUGAACCAGUCCGACUGGCACGCCGAUCGCGCCAAUGCCCAGGUCGAGUUCUUCAAGCACCUCGACGGCCAGUUUGACGACAACGUCAUCGUCCAGAUCAAGUACGGCGCCAUUGACUUCCAGGUCCGGGAGCCUGUAUCGCCCCUGUUCGCCAACCUCAAGGAGACCAACAUGGCCAUUGAACUGCAGAUUUCCCAGGAGUACCUUGGCCAGCAGGACCAUUUGGUCUACCUGCCGCCUCUCUGGAAGACCAUACUUGACUUUGACCUGCGAAUUGAUGGCCAGCCUUCCCCCGUUCGCAAUGUCCUGUCCGGAAAGCGUCACAACAGGCCGCUUGGUGGCUACGCUGGGGUAAUCAACGUCGGCGCCAACUCGACCUGGCUCGGAAGCCAUCUCGCCAUGUCGAACCUCUACGCCUACGGCAGACUGGCGUGGAACCCCACCGAUGACGUCGUCGCCAUCGUCCAAGACUGGUCACGUCUGACCUUUGGCCUCAACCGCAAGGUCGUCGAUACCAUCACCAACAUGUCCAUGGAGAGUUGGCCCGCCUACGAGAACUAUAGCGGCAACCUUGGCAUCCAGACAUUGACCGACAUUCUCUACGCCCACUACGGUCCCAGCCCGAGGAGCCAGGACGGCAAUAGCUGGGGUCAGUGGACCCGUGCCGACGGCGACAGCAUCGGCAUGGACCGCACCGUGAAGAACGGCACCGGCAAUGCAGGACACUACCCUCCAGAGGUGGCGGCCAUGUACGAGGAGAUUGAGACGACCCCCGACGACCUCCUCCUCUGGUUCCACCACGUGCCCUACACGCACGUGCUAAAGAGCGGCAAGACCGUCAUCCAGCACUUCUACGACGCGCACUAUGAAGGGUCGGCGACGGCCCAGACUUUCGUGCCGCAGUGGGAGUCCCUCAAAGGCCUCGUCGACGAGGAGCGCUACGAGCACGUGCUCUUCAAGCUGCAGUACCAGGCCGGCCACUCGCUCGUCUGGCGCGACUCCAUCAACAACUUUUACUGGAACAAGUCGGGCAUCCCCGACGAGGCGGGCCGCGUGGGCCACUACAAGUACCGCAUUGAGGCCGAGCACAUGGACCUCGAGGGGUACAGGAUUGUCGACGUCGACCCCUUCGAGGCGGCGUCCGGGUACAAGGCCAUCGUGACGAGCUCCAACACGACCGCGGGAACGGCCUCGGCCGUCGUCGCUUUCGAGACGGGCACAUACACCCUGGCCAUCAACUAUUUUGACGUCAUCCGCGGCAAGUGCUCUUACGUCGCGUACAUCAACGACGAGGUCGUCGGCCGGUGGAGGGGAAACAGCGAGGAGAAGCUGGGCCACUGGCCGUCCGAGUUCUUGGACGGUCACUCGGCCAUCCGCGUCAACUUUCCCGGUGUCAAAGUCACCAAGGGUGACAGGUUGAAAAUUGUCGGGACACCCGAUGGCCCCGAGGUGGCGCCCCUGGACUAUGUCAGCUUCUUGCCCGAUGGUAUCAUUGAUUAA